AUGUCUCAGACUUCUAGAGUGUCAGCGCUGACUUCCCCAGCCGAAACACGCUUGCCGAAGCGUGUUUCGAUCGUUGAUAGGAAUCUUAAUAAAACAAAAGGCACAGAGGUUGGGCUAAGUGCCUUCGCAUUCCUGUUUUCCGAAAUGCUUCAAUAUGCACAAAAGCGCGUGCACGGAAUUCAAGAUCUUGAGCGAAAGUUAAAUGAUUUUGGUUAUAGGGUAGGCACGCGCCUUUUAGAAUUAAUUGUGUGGAGAGAAAGAAAUAGUAAAAGAGAGAUCCGAGUUUUGGGAAUAUUGUACUUUAUCCACACAACUGUCUGGAAAACCCUUUUUGGCAAACAAGCAGACUCUUUGGAAAAGAGCACUGAGCAUGAGGACGAAUACAUGAUUUCGGAUAACGAUCCCCUGACAAGUAAGUAUAUUUCUGUUCCAAAGGAACUAUCGCAAUUGAACUGCAACGCGUUCCUUGCGGGUAUUGUCGAAGCAAUUUUGGAUGGGGCUCAAUUUCCAUCUCGAGUGACUGCACAUUUGGUACCACAAGAAGGGUUUCCAUUACGUACCACUAUAUUGAUUCAAUUGAACAAGGAAGUCUUGCAAAGAGAAGAACAGCUCAAAUAA